AUGUUCCGGGAUUGUGGAAAAUUUGUUGGCCUACGGUUCGCUUUCAUACCAACACCGUUUCGACAAAGCACGGUAAGGCGUUCCUCUCGCAGAAACUGCCGUAAAGUUGCUGAGCCUAAAUGCGAUGUGAAGAAGCCAGAUGUUUGUAAGAACAAAGAACUUAAACUAGAUCAGAGACUCUAUCUUACUAAGCCCAAAAAUACAAUAUGGGAUUAUCCUUUUUGCUGUGCUAAUUUCUGCGCCGAUUUGUCAGUUCGUACGGAUGAACUUUACUAUAAAAUAAGCGAUAUGAGAAGACGCGAUUAUCAACAAACAUGGAUAUCUUGUCCCCCACUCCAUAUACUAAAUGCCGAAGUGUGCCCGCCACAAAACUGUAUUCCACGAAAAAUAAUACGAAGAAAAAAACGGGUAAGAGUGCAAGAUGAAAAACAGAAAAAAACAGUACCUAUAGUAGCCUGUCCACAACAACUAAAGAAAUUUAAAAUGAUGGCGUGUCUAAAAACAGGAACGGAAGAGAACCGCUUAUGCCCAAAAAUUCCUCGUGAAUUUCCGAAAUGCGUAACUUUGCGCACAAAACCGCUUUGCAAAAUUUUUCACCCUUUUCCCAUUACUUGCAAAAAGGAUCCUGCCCCAUAUCCAUCAUUCUCAGAGUGCAAGCGCGAAGAAGCGUCAGCUCCCAGGCCGAUCGAAUGCAAAUGUUUAGAGAGGCCUGCCGCGUGUGAAGUGUGGGAAAAGUUUCGGCAGCGCCUUACUUUUAGACAACCAGACAAGAGCGAUUAA